AUGAGCCCGUUCAAGAGGCCAGGCUCCGCGCCCGGCAGCUUCCACGCCAGCUUCGAGGUGCUGCCUGGCAACGGCCCCGCGGACGAGCCCAGCGGCGCCGCCGCAGGCGAGGCGCCGCGCGUGGCAUACGCCGUCAGGGCGGACCCGAUGCUCCUUGAAGCGGUGCGUCAGAUGAUGCCAGAGCUUCUCGCCCUGCCGAGCGGCGACGACACCCCCAGCGCCGGCGCCGGCGGCGGAGCCGGCGGCGCGGCUUUCGCGCGGCUCAGCCCUGCGGCGUCUGCGGUCCUGGCGGACGCCGCCGCCGCCGCAGCAGCAGCAGCCUCGGAAACUGCGAUCACCCUCGAGACAGCGACGCAUGUGAUGUACGGCGGCUGCUUGUACCCGCUGCUGUGGAAUGCUGAUGGCGAGCCGAUCAUCCUCGCGCCCAACUACACUAAUCUCGGCCACCUGCACUAUUACGCGGCGCCCCGCGCGUCUGUGUCGGGCCAGGUUGCAACCGGCAAGGCCUGGCCAAGUCCAGUCUGCCAGACUCUGGCAAAGCUGCCAGUAGACCGCUACUACGAAGUGUACCUGGCAUGA